AUGGAGUUGCUGCGCGGGAUCAAAAACAAGUUGUCUGUUAGUCACAUGGCUUCUGUAUGUGCACAGCUCACCUUGAGCAUCAGUAAUAGCCCUAUGAUGUGCUGGAGGAGGAAGUGGCGGGAGGAGCUGGUAGCUGGAGGCGCCAAGAGUACAGGAUCAGGGGAUGUAUUCAAGUACCAUACUCCAACAAUAACUUUGUAUAUUUUUUUUGUGCCUCUUGUGUUAGGACAAACUGGUGCAGGAAAUAACUGGGCCAAAGGACACUAUACAGAAGGAGCAGAGCUGGUCGAUUCUGUACUUGAUGUAGUAAGAAAAGAGUGUGAACACUGCGAUUGCCUGCAAGGAUUUCAGCUCACUCACUCGCUGGGAGGAGGGACGGGGUCUGGCAUGGGAACCCUCCUCAUCAGCAAAAUCCGGGAGGAGUAUCCUGACAGGAUCAUGAAUACGUUCAGUGUCAUGCCCUCUCCUAAGGUGUCAGAUACAGUGGUGGAGCCUUAUAAUGCUACCCUCUCAGUCCACCAACUGGUUGAAAAUACCGACGAAACCUACUGCAUCGACAAUGAAGCUCUGUAUGAUAUUUGCUUCCGCACCCUAAAGCUCACCACUCCCACAUACGGAGACCUAAACCACCUGGUUUCCGCCACCAUGAGCGGAGUGACUACGUCGCUGCGUUUUCCAGGCCAGCUAAAUGCCGACCUGCGGAAGCUGGCAGUGAAUAUGGUGCCGUUCCCACGCCUUCACUUCUUCAUGCCCGGCUUCGCUCCCUUGACCGCCCGAGGCAGCCAGCAGUACCGGGCGCUCACUGUUCCCGAGCUCACCCAGCAGAUGUUCGAUGCCAAAAACAUGAUGGCAGCCUGUGACCCGAGGCACGGGCGAUACUUGACCGUGGCUACGGUCUUCCGUGGUCCCAUGUCCAUGAAGGAGGUUGAUGAGCAGAUGCUGGCCAUCCAGAACAAGAACAGCAGCUACUUCGUGGAGUGGAUCCCGAACAACGUCAAGGUGGCCGUGUGCGACAUACCCCCCCGCGGGCUCAAGAUGGCAUCCACGUUCAUUGGCAACAGCACCGCUAUUCAGGAGCUCUUCAAAAGGAUUUCCGAGCAGUUUUCCGCCAUGUUCAGGAGAAAGGCCUUCCUGCACUGGUUCACGGGAGAAGGGAUGGAUGAAAUGGAGUUUACAGAGGCAGAAAGCAACAUGAAUGAUCUGGUUUCAGAGUACCAGCAGUACCAGGAAGCUACAGCAAAUGAUGGGGAGGAAAUGUUUGAAGACGAGGAAGAAGAAAUCAAUGAAUAAAGAAAUUACAAAAAGAUUUUUUUUUCCCCAGGCCAAAUUCUCAAAUCUGGAUUUCUAAUAAUUUGGCUUAUAAAUCUGUAUAAAGUUUCAAAGAAAGAAGAAAAUGAGCAGGAGCCUCAGAUGUUAGAGGUGCUUUUCAGAGUUCAUUGGGAUCACUGGGAAGCGGGGAAGUUGAACCCUUCUGGAAAUCAGGCCAUUUCUAGCCAUGGGACAAAUGUAAGGCAUUCGGGUAAUACUUC